UGUUGGAUAAUUUUUACUGACUUGAACCAGAGGGGAAAAAUCCUUUUUGGGCCAUAACAGCAAUCUUUCACUGUUAUAAAAAGUACUGCAGAAAACACAAAGAGAGACACUGAAUAAACAUUAUGCAAGAUAAAGAUACACUACCAUGUCAAAGUCAAAUAUCUUUUAAUCCCUCAGUUACAAUCCUAUUUUUACAAACAGCUGUAAAAUGUUCUUAGCUACAUUAAAAGUGAUUUGUAUGGAAUGUGUGGCAUACUAAAAAGUACACUUUUGUCUGCAAAAUACAGAUUUGGCAUCUUUAAAACAAUUUUUAAACUUCCUUCAAACAGCAUUUCUACAUGUUGUGUAACAGGGCUACAGUGUAAUCUAUCUACACAUUUCUAGUAUUCUGUCACUGUGGCAUGUAAGUGUCCAUGUCUUCUAUUUUUUUAAGUCCUCUGUGCUACUGUCCCUUGAGCUCUAAAAUGUGGUUACUUCCUUGCAUCCGUCAGCCUCAGCAAGCUGGUCUAUCUACAUCUGUACAAAACCGAGGGUCCAGCCCCAUGCAUUUAUGUUCACUGCUCACUCCUGAAAAAUGGGACCUGCAUAACUAAAAAAUACCCAUUAAGAAUGGCUAGGUGAGACAGAAUCUAUAUUCUCUGUCUGCCAAAGAUAAUUAUAGAGCACCAGUCACUAUAGUGUCUAGGUAUUACUGUUAAGUCUAGUUAUUUGCUGUCUGCUUGUAUUUGCUCAUUCUUUUUUCCGGGAAAGCCUACUGAACCAAGAAGCCAAGCCAAAGAAUGUAAGUUAAGCAAUGAAAGCUAUGGCUUGCGAGAUCAGUUUCAGUUGCAUUUGUCAGACUGCUGAAGGUAUACCCAAGAGUACACAGGGACAUCUCAGAUCCUGUCUCUACAGGUAGCAAUAAUGGUUCCUCUGCUGUUUCUGCUGUUCUUUGGAUAUAUCCUUUCAAUUCCUGGGUGUCCCCAGAAGUGCUUUUGUAUCCACUCUUUAACAGAUUGCCAGCAUGCCAAUCUAAAUGAAGUUCCUCCUGAUUUUGACCAAAAAACAGAAACAUUGAUCUUGAAUGAAAACUGUCUAAGUCUCAUUCCUCGAGGAGCCUUUCAGAACUUCCAGAAUCUAACUUUCCUUGGUUUAGCUCACAACAAGCUCUUGCUUCAAAAUGAUUCUUUUGAAGAUAUCAGCAACAGCAUCCUCUCUUUGGAUCUCUCUGGAAACAGUUUCACAGACCUGCCAUUAAAAUUGUUCAAGAACACAAAGAAACUUGUUUGGUUAAACUUAGCUGAUAACAGACUAGAUCUUCUGGACAUCAACAUUUUCAGCUCCUUAGAAAAGCUCUCUUACCUGGACCUCUCCAAUAACAGACUGCAGAUGCUUACAUCCAUGUUUGCAGGUCUCUCUCAGCUUGAUACCUUGAUGCUGGCUAGUAACUAUCUCCACACCAUACCACAAGGAGUUUUUGAUUCUAUUCCUAAACUUAAGAUCCUUGAUCUGUCACACAACAAAAUAAGCCAUUUGCCUGAGUGUUUAUUUAACAGCACGAUGAACCUUAAUGACUUGCUUCUUGAUGAUAAUAAUUUUACAAUGAUACCACAUGCUGUAUUCACAAUCUUCCACAACCUAGAGCAUUUCUCAAUUUCUAAAAAUAGAAUCCAAAAUGUUUUACCAUUUGUGUUUGUUAGCAAGUUAAGAAAACUUGACCUAUCUAGUAAUUUACUUUCAGUGCUGCCUUGUGAUUUCCUUUCAGGUUUGGAGCAGCUGGAAGUUCUCAAUUUAUCUUUAAAUUGUCUUGGAAAUUUUCCCAGCGAUCUAUUCAUAAAUAAUACUAAGCUAGCAUUUCUGCAUUUGGAUAAAACCUGUCUCAGCACUUUACCUAUUGUUUCAGGCCUUCGAAAUAUGAGUGAGCUGACACUGUGCUGUAAUGCCAUAAAAAUCUUGCCAAGAAAAUUCACAGACAAUAUGGUCAAUUUGAAACUGUUGGAUCUCUCCAAUAACAACAUCACAAAAAUAGAGGAUGGUGCAUUUAACAUGAAUCCUAAUCUCACAAAAGUAGUUUUGACUGGGAAUCCAGUUUUUACAACUGAAAGAAUUAAUUACACUUUCAAAGGGUCAGGCUGAAGAGUAUACAUUAAAAGAUGAUACUAGGGUAACUGUAUCAAGAAAUGCUUUCUGCUACCUUCAUGAAAAAUAUAAUGUACAUAUUGCAAAGAAUGUAAUUAUUUCUGAGCUACAAGUACCAUCUUCUAAUAGUACAUGCAUUACAAAGCUUCUUGGAACUCACUGCACUCUCUGAUAUUGU